GGGGUUAGGGUUCUUGAUUUGUGGGACAGGGGCGUGCGUUGAGAAAAGAUUGCGGGGAACAAGGAUAGAUAGCGUGGGGUGUAAAUGGCCAGCAGAAAAAAAAAGUUCCCGACAGGAAAAUCAGGAAAUCGUGGUGAGGCGACAAGAAAAUUGAAGGCAAGCCAAGCCCGCUGAGCUUCACACCGACGCCCCGAUCGAGCCGGAGACGCGCCGAAAGUACCCCCGCCCGUCCGAGACCGAAAUCAUUCUUGUUCCACCUGCUUCAGAGCCGGCCGACGACCGCGACAGCUCCCCUCCAGCCCCUCAAACCGACCGCCGACGAUGGGCAAGGCCAAAACACCACGGCGAGCCGGCGCCGCCUCGUCGUCGCCCUACGACCGACACACCAAGCCGGGCGGCGGCGGCGGCAGCGCGCCGGCCAAGAACAACGUGUUCAAGUUCAAAAAGGACUACGGGCAGCACAUACUCAAGAACCCCGGCAUCGCCGAGGAGAUCGUCAAGAAGGCCUUCUUGCGGCCGACGGACACGGUGCUCGAGGUGGGCCCCGGCACGGGCAACCUGUCGGUCAAGAUCCUGGAGCGGGCGGCGCGGCUCGUGGCCGUGGAGCUGGACCCGCGCAUGGGCGCCGAGCUGACCAAGCGCGUCCAGGGGCGGCCGGAGCAGCGCAAGCUCGAGGUGAUACUGGGCGACGUCAUCAAGGCCGAGCUGCCGCCCUUCGACGUGCUCAUCAGCAACACGCCCUACCAGAUCUCGAGCCCGCUCGUCUUCAAGGUGCUGGCGCUGCCGAACCCGCCCCGCUGCGCCGUGCUCAUGUUCCAGCGCGAGUUCGCGUCGCGGUUGACGGCGCAGCCGGGGGAUUCGUUGUACUCGCGGCUGUCCGUCAACGUCCAGCUCUUCUCAAAGGUCACGCACAUCAUGAAGGUCGGCAAGGGCAACUUCAAGCCGCCGCCCCAGGUCGAGUCGUCGGUCGUGCGCAUCGAGCCCAAGACGGGCCGUGAGCGGCCCCAGGUGUCGUGGGACGAGUGGGACGGCAUGCUGCGCGUGUGCUUCAACCGCAAGAACAAGACCCUGCACGCCUCCUUCCUGGGCGUCAAGGAGGUCCUGGCCAUGGCCGAGCGCAACUACAAGGUCUGGUGCACCAUGAACGGCGUCGCGGUCGACGAGAGCGUCGUCGAGGGCGGCGGCACCGCCGCUGGCGCCGACGUUGAUGAUGUCGAGAUGGACACGGACGGGGCCAACGACGACGCGGACGAGGACGAUGACGAGGGCUGGGGCGGCUGUGGUUCUAUGGAGGUGGACGGCGACGACGGCGACGAGGAGGCCAUACCCGAGUUCUUCAAGGACCGCAAAAAGGACACAGCCGCCGCCUCCGCCGCCUCCGCCGUCGCAAAGACGCCGAGCCGCAGGAAAAAGACAAAGGUGGGCGAGCUGGUCCGGUCAAAGCUGGAAAAGGUGCUGGCGGACACGGGGCUGGCCGAGCAGCGCGCCAACAAGUGCGACCAGAACGACUUUUUGCGCCUGCUGGCCGCCUUCAACGCCGAGGGCAUCCACUUUGCUUGACUUGGGGCGCUGUUUCUUUUCUUGGGCCCCCUCCUCCCUUCUUGGUGGUCUAUCUGUUGGUGUUACUCAUGGCAGGGGUGCGGAGUAUGGCGUUUCUGUAAGGAUUUGGUCCCUUUUCGGUCUUUUUUCAUGCGUAUAUAAAAUGGACGGACACUGGCUUUCCGGGACAUCCCUCGUUCGGCCGCAUGGGCAACGAUUCCUGGAAGGAGUUCUGCGAUUAAUGCACAAAAGAUACCUACCAUUUACCAAGCUGGUGGCUUUAUGAUGACAACGCAACGAUAUGACCGUUUCGAGGCUGUAAAGAUGGC